CCGAGCCUCUUCGGCUAAUCUGUCUAACUGUGUGCCAAAAACACACUACGGAUUUGGUGCGUCGAUGUGCCAACAUCUACACAUUGACUUCCACCAACUGAACCGUUGAAUUUAAAAAAAAAUACAGUAUUAGACCUGAACAUACAAAAAGUUUCAUGUUGCAUGAGUGAUUCUGUUCCACAGGAGCUGAGAUAUGCCGCUGAGCGAGGUGACGAGGUCAGAGUUCAGCAGCUCCUAGCCGAGGGAGUCAAUGUCAAUGCUGAUGAUGGUAACAACACCUCCAAAUGUACCGCCCUUCAUAAUGCAUCUUCGAACGGCCACACUGGAAUUGUACAAGCUUUACUCACAGCUGGAGCAAGAGUCGACCCACGAGCCUACAUGAGAUAUACCCCUCUCCGCAAUGCAGCUUCGAACGGACAGACAAGAACUGUGCAGGCUUUACUGACAGCUGGAGCAGACAUUAAUGCAAGAGACCACAGGAAUCGGACCCCCCUUCAUAAGGCGGCAGAAAAUGGGCACCCCGAGUGUGUUAGAGCACUGCUGAAGGCUGGAGCCAACACCGUCAGUAGAGACGAGGACAAGAAGACAGCAGAGGAGCUUGCAGUACAAGAGGACGUGCUGCAGGUGCUCCAGUACUUCAAAGACCUCCAUCCAAAAGUGGUGAAUGGCGGACUCACUAUCGACCUCAGUAGCAAAGGCCUGACCUCCGUCCCAGCCGAGGUGUUUGACUUCACAGAUAUCGAACGCCUUGUCCUGACUAACAACAAGCUGAACAGCAUACCCGAGGAGAUAGGUCAACUACAGAAGCUUCGGACACUUAAACUUGACAACAAUCUGCUGACACAACUUGCGCAAGCAAUCACUACUCUACCUAAACUACUGUACAUUGACGUGUCGCACAAUAGGUUGGAAACAUUGCCUGAAGGAAUCUCCAGGUUACAACUUCACGAGCUCCACAUCAACAACAAUGAAUUCAAAGAGAUACCAGAAGAAGUCUGUUCACUACGUCAGCUGAACACCUUUUCCGUGGGAGUCAACCCCCUCAAGUGUCUCCCUGACAAGAUAUCUCAGCUCACAGGACUGAGAAAGAUGUCCAUGAACAGUUGCCAGUUCGAUGAGUUCCCCAGACAGGUGCUGCAGCUGGAGGGUCUAGAGGAGCUAUACAUGGGGAACUGGGCUGGGGAGGGAAAACCUUUACCUGUACCUGAAGACAUCGGCAGACUGAAGAACCUACGAGUCUUGGAUCUGCAGUAUAGUGGCUUGGAGUCAAUACCGGAUGGUGUUGGGGAACUGGUGCAGCUGAGGUUCUUAAACAUCAAAGGGAACAUGUUCACAUCAGUUCCUGAACAAAUCAUGAACCUGUCCAACAUUGGGAAGUUAGACUUGUCAGAUAACAGAAUCUCCCGCCUUCCCCUGACUCUGAGCCGAUUGGCCACACUGAAGGACAUGAACAUCACUGAAAACCCCCUGACAUACCCUUCCGCUGAUGUCUGUGAGAAAGGUACAGCCGCCAUCAUGGACUUCCUUAGAAGGGAUUUGAAGGAUAAGGAAGAAAGAGAACUGAGGAAACUCUUCCACCGUUUCUCUCAAAGCGUUACUGAACCGAGUGAGGUAGAAGAUCUGGGCGGAGCACUUGGACUUACAGCAGACGAGAUUAUCAAUAUCCAAGCGGCAAGGAACACAAAACCGAGUUCCCAGGCCUAUAAAGUUCUUUCGAAGUGGAUGGAGACAGACAAGGAUGCGUCCAUGGACAAGCUUCAGCAGGAGCUGAGUGAGUCUGGCAUGAGUCAGCUGUCAGAGAAGCUCAGCAGAAUUCAGUCCCAACCAGCUAAGCGGUCGGCACCCAAUACAGCAGAUGGACCGCCUGUCAAGUUGUCGGCAGUCGCAGGGCCAUCUCGUGAAUCGCAUCUGGAAGAAAAGCAGCCCAAAGAGAAGCUCAGACAGGCAGAACAUAAACUUGUACAGAUGCAACAUCACAGAGAGACUCAGGAGGCCAUGUCAACUCGGGUUGCCGAGCAGAAUCUGAGUGGCCAAGUUGGAUUUCCUCGUGCAUCAGUGCCAACUGAAGUGGAGAUGGGAGGUCCAGAGAUGUUGGUUCUCUACGAGCAGGCCUGUAAAGAUGGGACCACUGAAGUCUUCUUCAUCAGGCUGAUCCUGGUAGGGCAACACGGGAAUGGGAAAAGCAGCUUGAAAAACAGUCUCCUUCAACUGGAGUUCAACAGAGAUGAGGAGAGCACUGAUGGCAUUGUGAUCACUCCGUGUCUCAUGACUGGGAGGGAACAAUGGAAAAUAACUGAAGCAACGAAGAACCACCAGUUUGCUCACGCUGUUGGCAUGGAGAUGAAGAAGAUCAAAGAAAAGGAGUCAAGUGUCCCCAAAAAGACAGAAGUAGAGAAAAUGCCGAAAGAAGUCCAUGAAGCCAAACCUGCCAGAGCCAGCUAUCGAGAUACAGAUAGAGACCGCACAGAUCCACCGAUGGUUGCGAAAUCAUCAGGAGAAGAUUCUGCGAGGAAACGAGAGACGACGAGAGAGAAGACAGUCAGUCCAUCAAAGGGCUACGCACUUGCCACCCGUUUCGUUCUUGGCAAAGAUGACUUGUCCAAUCUCGUCGGAUCCAAGGAACAUCCCGCCAUGUCCAUCUGGGACUUCGCUGGGCACGACGUUUACUACAGCAGCCACCAUGUCUUCUACAGCCAUUAUGCCAUCUUCAUCCUCACAAUGAAUCUCACCAAACCUCUCAGUGAGCCGCUUGAGCCAUGGGCUGGCAGCUGCGCAGAAGCACUUCAACUCGAAACAGAAGCAGAUAUCGCAGACUACCAUGUGGAGGCUAUUAGAGCACACACCAGGCCGAACAAGUCUGCCGGUGACCUGGAAGUAAACCAAGACCACAUUCCUCCUGAGGAAGAGAUCAAUGACUUCUUCAACAAACUCAGAGAUCAUUUCACGGGGAAGGCCAUUGGCAAACACGUGUAUGACAGGUACUUUGCCAUUGACAACACCAAGCGUGAUCCAGAAGAUCCAGUAUUGUCAGAUCUAAGAGAUGAUAUCCUCAAGAUUGCCCAACAGCAAAACCACAUGGGCAGGAGAAUCCCAAUCAGCUGGCUGGAGCUGAAGUCCAAGCUCAUGGAAAUGGAGAAGCAGGGCAAAAAGUACUGCAGCCUCCAGGAUGUGAUGGAUGCUACUGACAGCUCUCGCGUACCGGAAGGAUUCACACCAGAGGAAAAUGCUGUCAUCAUCCUGAGGUUCUUCCAUCUGUGUGGAGACAUCCUGUUCUUCGACACCCCAGCACUCCGCAACUUUGUGAUCCUGGACCUGCAGUGGUUCGUGGACAUCCAGAAAACCAUCAUCACCAUCCCACAGUUCCGGGAUCGUGAAGUAAAAGGCAAAUGGGAGCAGCUCGAGGCUACAGGAGUGUUAGAAGACAGCCUCAUCGAGCACGUGUGGAGCUCCAGGAAACGACAAGAGGAGCUAAGGUGCGACCUUAUUGCUCACAAAGAUGAGCUGCUGAAGAUGAUGGAGCAGUUUGAUGUGGUCCUGAAGUGCAGUACUGAGGGUGAAGCUAAGGCAGGCGAAGGUACUACAAAUUCAGAGACCAACACCUUCUUCGUUCCCUCGCUUCUCACCACAGUUAAGGACAAAGGAAGACUGUGCCCAGCCGGUACAAAAUGCAGCAAGCCUAUUUUUGUAGUCUUCGACGAGAAGUUCUUCCCUGUUGGUGUGUACCACCGCCUUGUCAUCGCCAGCACGCGCCGAUACAACAAGCGGAAGCCACUGGCAUAUGCACGCUGUGCAAGGUUCAUCACCAGCAACCCCAGGCAAACCUUCGUCAUCACCAAGGAAAGCCACUACCUGAAGGUGGAGCUGCUGUCAUCAGAGAAGGAAGAGUCUGCCUGCUUCAGCCAUGGUCCGAGUGUUCGGAAAGGUCUGGAUGAAGACCUGAGGGACAUCAUCACCAAGUGGAUCCCGGGCAUAAGGUACAAGUGGUGCCUCCAGUGUUGCUGUGCCAACCACAGGGAAAGGCAGCUGGAUGUCAGCAGCUUCAUCCCCAUCACAAGUGUCACAGAAUGGUUCAUGGACGAAGAAGUCGUCUGUGAAACCUUCGCGCCUGCCACAACCACCAUUCAAGAUAUGGGCCUGGCGGAAUGGUUCCCAAGCUUACAUGCUGGUCAAAGUAGCGGAGCCACGCAACAGGAAAUGUCAACUGCAUCAGCGGCAACAGAUGGAUACGACGUCUUAUCUGUGGCAGAAUUUUUCCCCACGGUUGUUGAAAUGGAGCCACCGUGGGAAGAUCUCGGGAGAAACCUGGGCCUGUCUGAUGCUAACCUGGUGCGAAUCAGACAGGAACACAAAGAUGACACAGCAGCAGCAUCGUCGCCGCAUGAUGACACAGAGAGAAGCUGUCCACGGUGCUGUUUGGCAGUACUACAGGAGUGGCUACAUCUGUCUGGGACGAGAGCAUCGGUAGGAGGACUGAAGAGCGCCCUGGAAACAGCAGGAUUGGAUGCCACCGCAGAGAAGUUGAACACAAAGGAACGGCUGAUGAGUAGAAAGCUCCAGGAGCUGCAAAGCCAAGUGACAAGCAUCGUGCGAGCUGCCCUCCCCAACCUGGACUUUGUCCAAGCUGUGAGCAAGAAAGCAGACAAGGAGAGGGAACAGCUCAACAGGACGACACUCCGUGAGGAACUCUUCAAUGGUAGUUUCAACUAUAGCCUUGACUCAGCUGUCUAUGAUGUGAUACAGAAUUGGAAGCGAUCCGUGUGUCGUAUUAACUGGCUUGGGGGGUCUGGAACUGGAUUCUUGUUGAGUAAGAGAAAGAUUCUCACGUGUUACCAUGUGUAUACAGGAAUGAACGCAGCCUGGCAAAGGUUCACUGAUUUAAGUUUGUUAACUGCAACAUUCUUUGUAUCUCCCACGGAAGAAUACAAAGUUAGCUUUCCUGCGACCACCCUCAAAUGUCAUAGUCAGGAAUUUGACCUUGACUAUGCCAUUCUGCAACUGUCCGUCGAUGAUGAGGCAGCGAGUGUCAUUGACAGCCUACCUAGCCUUGGGCGGUACGUGUCAGAAAGUGAAGACCACAGAAACAUGGUGGUUGUUGUUGGCCAUCCCCACGGUGGGAGUAAGAUGGUUGACUUCUGUCCCAUCGUUGGCAUGGACCAACGAUACAUCAUCCAUGCCCGCUUUGGGAACCCCGAGUUUCCCCAUGAAGACCCCCGCAAACCCAUGUACCAUACAGGUGCCAUGUUCCACGGCUCCUCAGGCUCCCCAGGGUUUGACACGCACGGCAAUGUAGCGCUCAUGCACACCCGGGGGUUCUUCCCUGACAGAAGCAGGCAGAGCCUUGUUGAACGCGGGGUUCGUCUGUCUGCUAUCAGAGAGCAUGCGCGUCAAAACCUGGCACCUGACAUCUUUAACGAGAUCUUUCCUGAUAGUCCCAUGGAGGUUACAGAUUAAUGUGUGCAUUGGAUUGUUUAUCCCCGUGAAGCAUGUUCAGGGCAUGGGCAUGAACAUGUUCUGUACGAAAUACAGUAUCUAACUGCAUCUAUUAAAUGAUUAAUUGAUAUCAUUUUGACGUAUUUCGUACUUCUGACAUUGUGAUCCUAGCUACCAUUAGUAGAUACUGCAUAAUUCUGUACAAACCAUUUUGUACAUGUGUAUCAUUCCAUUAACCUUUAAUGUGCUAAGGACGGCCUUUGUUGCUUCAGUGUGUACCAAGGGUGUACAAUAAUGUUUUACCAAUGCAAACCAAGUGUUAAAGCAACGAUAAGUGGUAUUUGUAAACCUUUAUCUUAAUAUGUCUAAUUAUGGUGUUACAUCGAUACAAUACACAAUACAUAAACAAUAUGUGUCUACAUCGUAUAUUGACACUGCAUUUAGGCUGUCUAGUGUUUGCGAUGCGUAAACUUAGCAAUUUAUCUGCUUUGCUCUGAACCUGCAAAUAAGAUGAUUGUUUGCAACAUGCACAGAGACAUAAUCAUUACAUUAUAUAUGUACAUGGCCUGUUCCACUUACAUUAUAGUACAAUACCAAAGCACCCCUACAUCCUACUUAACCAUGUCUCCCUGCCUUAUCCCAUAACUAAUGCAAAUUAGGAGUCAAACUGCUACCUUAGUAGGAAGGAGGUUAAAGGUUUCAACACAAAUAUAUAACAUAUCAUAGUAGCUAAAUCAAUUUUUUUUAAGUUUGAAGAAGAAGCUUUUGGACUCAGAAUACUGGGCUACAUCACACACCAAUGUCCUCCAAACCUUUGUCCUGGAAGAAUAUAGAUUCUAUCCACAUUUCUACCUAUUAUGCAUGUAACAUAUGUUGGCUCAAUUUGA